UUGGUGUGGCAGAGGUGAGCUGGAGGGUGACAUGGAAUGCGUGAGAGAGAAAAAACGUGUCAAAAACGUCGCACCUCCUCCAUCUCUCAAAAAGCCUUAGUUGCAGACAGCAACAUCUUCUCAUCGCCGCACCUCCUUCUCUCGCCUACAAACACCUUCUCCCCGCCGCACCUCCCUCUCUCGCCUAUGAACGCCUUCGCUGAGAGAGACGAUCUCUGUCGCCCGGAGCUUUCUCAAGCCUCGACCUCCCUCUCUCGCUCGCCUCUCUCACCUUAGUUCGAAGUCGUCGCCUCUCUCACCUCAGUUCGAAGCUAUCACCUCUCUCGCCUCAGUUCGAAGCUGUCGCCUCCCUCUAAACCGACGAGAGCCCUAGCUUCUCUCUCCCCACCGUCCCCUCCCUCUCAACCGACAAGAGCCCUAACUUCUCUCUCCCCAUGGCUGGGUUCCUCUCCGCCACGAAGCCUCACAAGUGCCCUUCACGAGUGAAUCCAGUGUUAGAGAAGAUUUGCCUUAACUUUGGUUUCGAUUUGGUCUAUUCUCUUUGCUCCAGUGUUAGAGAAGCUUUCACUCAACGAGAAUUAGCCAUCAAAUAUAUUGUAAUCGAAGACUUAGUUUUGAUGUCAAAGAUUGGUCUGAUUUCUUGUUUUUAGUUUACUGAGAUUAGAAAUAGAGUAAUUGGAAAUAGCAAAGACGGGUCUGAUUUCUUUUUUUUUGUUUGUUUGAUUAUAUUGUAAUCCAAGAAUUCCGGUUAUUGGUCUUGUGUUUUGAUGUCAUAUGCUGUCUUGAUCUUGUAUUUUGAUGUCAUAUUGUAAUCCAAUUUCGAUGGGUAGUACCUGAAGUUCAUUUAGGUACUAGCAUGAGAAAAUUGAACUCUUCUUCUAGCAUUGACAAUAGCAUUGGCGGCACAUCCUUCAUACAUGUUGACAAUGUUGCCACUGUAAUCCUCAUACUUCUGCUUUACUCAUCCAUAUGGUUGUCGUGUUAUACAGGUUCAGUUUUUUAUUUUUGAUUCGCUGUCAUACUAGUAUAUGUGAAUGCGUAUUUUACUUUUAUUUUUUUCUUCUAUUGUCUCACAGAGUGCUGGAGCAUUGUGACAAUCCUAAUACUCAACAGAGAUUGUCAUGGGCCAUGAUGAAAGAUCAAUUUGGUAACUACGUCGUACAGAAAGUGUUAGAGACGUGCGACGAUCAGCAGCAGGAGCUGAUCCUCUCGCGAAUCAAGGUCGCCUUGAAUGCACUUAAAAAAUACACUUACGGGAAGCAUAUCGUUGCUCGUGUUGAGAAGCUUGUUGCCGCCGGAGAGAGGAGGAUCAGGCUCCAGACGUCCUUUCCCUCGUAGGACGGCGACACACCGACGAAGUUGUACAGCUAACUUAGGCUAGUUUUAGCUCACUCUUUUAUCUAGAAAUAAGAUCAAUGUUGCUCGAAUGGAAUCCAUCCUGUACACUUUGACGUUGACUCUGGUUGACUUCGGAAAUCACUGGAGUAACCUUUUCCUGAUUGACUUUCUGUCUGAAGUCAAUCGCAAUAAGUAUUGUUUGAUUAUAUUUUCACACAGAGAGAUGUAAAA